CGCAAAACAGGGUUGAGCCGGUCCGAUCUCGAUUAGCAUUCACGGUGAUAUACACACAUUACACACAGAUGUGUGUGUGCAUUUCUGAACUUCAUCACAGUGAUUUCUCAUUAGUCUGGUGCUUAUUCGAUAUUACAACAGGAAAAUUGAAGAAGUAGGUUAGCGAUUUAGAUGGGUUUGAAGGGGGCGUACUGAUGUCAUUGUUCUGGAUUGUCAUUCGUCAGCUCCAAGAAAUUGAAGCAAUGGCUACUUCGAAGAAAGUGAUUACAAAAGAGGAGUGGGAGAAAAAGCUCAACGAUGUAAAGAUUCGGAAAGAAGAUAUGAAUAAAUUGGUGAUGAACUUUCUUGUCACCGAGGGUUAUGUUGAUGCUGCAGAAAAGUUCAGAAUGGAGUCCGGAACUGAACCAGACAUAGAUCUUGCAACAAUAACGGACCGCAUGGCAGUUAAAAAGGCAGUACAGUCUGGGAAUGUUGUGGAUGCAAUUGAAAAAGUUAAUGAUUUGAACCCCGAGAUCCUGGAUACAAAUCCCCAACUAUUUUUCCAUCUCCAACAGCAAAGGUUAAUAGAAUUGAUUCGGAAUGGAAAAGUGGAAGAGGCUUUGGAGUUUGCUCAGGAAGAGCUUGCACCAAGGGGAGAGGAAAAUCUAAUCUUUUUAGAAGAGUUGGAGAGGACGGUUGCACUGCUGGCUUUUGAGGACUUUACGAACUGUCCUGUUGGAGAACUUCUAGACAUAUCACAGCGCCUAAAGACAGCGAGUGAGGUGAAUGCAGCCAUCCUUACAAGCCAGAGUCAUGAAAAGGAUCCAAAGCUUCCAAGCCUUUUAAAGAUGCUGAUAUGGGCCCAGAACCAACUUGAAGAGAAAGCUUCUUAUCCUCGCAUUAAGAAUCUAUCUACUGCUGCCCUUGAAGAUCCUGUUGUUUGAAAGGUGUGCAAGUUUCUUGCCGUGAUGAUCCAGGUAUGCAGAUCUUGUGUUGCAGAUAAACCAGAAUGAACGAAGUGGGAUGUAGAAUCUUGUAUCUUUACUCGAGUAGGCAGUGGAAGAUAGUUGUUCAUGAAUGUCGUCAAGAUUUGGAUUGUGUUAGGGUGUUACAUUUCAUCUCAAAAGCUGUUCACUGGCUUUAAGUCGCUGUACAGAUGAUUGGCAAUACUCCUUGUUUCAGUUCAAUCAUGUAUGGAUUCCCCAUGGCAUUUGAUGUGAAACAAACAUAGAAUUUUGCUGAAGUUGAUCCAAUUGGUAUCAUUUUAAUCUGGAUAUAUAUACUCUGUAUAUGUACUGCUUUGUCUGUUUUAUUAUGAUUUUCAUCCUUACUGUAAACAGUAUAGUUGUCAUCAUCAGGACCAUCCUUGUCCUAAUCCUAUAUGAAUUGGGUCGACCAAUGUUAACCGUAUAGUCGUGAUGUUAUUUCAUUUUGUAUUAGGACGACAAGGAUCCGCUAAAUUGUAAAGCAUUCUUGUCAAAUGAUUAUCCUGCAAUGUUAAUGCCUCUGGUUUGGUUUUCA